ACGCCGCCCGCCCUCUUCCGCCGCCGCCGCCGGAAUGCAAACAUCUGCCCCACGUGCCGGAAGCCAGGGCGCGGCGACGACGCUGCUCCACGCCAGGUCCUGCCGCCUGGAGCCCCUGCGCGUGUCAUCGCGAGACGAGCUUGCCGAGAUGGCCGCGGCUAGUCAAGGAAAUUUCGAGGCCCUGGACCUGGCCGAGCUCACUAAGAAGCAGCCGUGGUGGCGCAAACUGUUUGGGCAGGAGUCGGGGCCCUCUGCCGAGAAGUACAGCGUGGCCACCCAGCUGCUGAUCGGUGGUGUGACUGGUUGGUGCACGGGCUUCAUAUUCCAGAAGGUUGGCAAGUUGGCUGCGACUGCUGUGGGAGGUGGAUUUUUUCUCCUGCAGCUCGCGAACCAUACUGGCUACAUCAAAGUUGAUUGGCAGCGCGUGGAGAAGGAUAUGAAGAAAGCCAAGGAGCAGCUGCAGAUCCGCAAGAGCAACCAGCUCCCCACAGAGGUCAAGAGCAAAGCAGAGGAGGUGGUGACUUUUGUGAAGAAGAAUGUUCUGGUGACUGGUGGAUUUUUCGGAGGCUUUCUGCUUGGCAUGGCUUCCUAAGGCGGGCGACGUUGCCCCCGUUUUGCUGUGCUUCUCCAGCCAGCGGCCUCUUCACGCCGUCGCAGGACACGAAGCCUGUCCUCCUCCUCCUCUUCCCGAGCCUUCCUCCCUGCCGUGGCGUGUCGGGGGCACCUGCAGGCACCCGUAGGCGCAGGUUAGCCAAGAGCUUGUCGACAGCAGAAGAGACAGUAGUCUGCAGCUCUGCUCCCUGCACACUCCCCAGCUGGCUAAUCUCCGUCAGCAAGGGGGUUCCUUUCUCCUGAUUCACGUGCUGAAUAGAACUGCUGCAAGAUGGUGGCCGGGGCAGGGGGUGAGUGGAUCCUCAGAGUUGUCCUGAACUGGUGAUUUGGAAGAGAAGUCAGCACCUGGAGGCCUUGUGUGUGCGGGAGGGAGCGGAAUACACUUGCCUUGAAGCAUAAA